UAAAGCCCGAGGAUAAACCCACUCGAAAACUUAAAAGACUAACCAAAGCUCAGAAAGAUGCAAUCGUCUUUACUGAGGAAAUUAAUGAACUAAUAGUGGGGAUGAUUUUGGGCGAUUCAACGAUAAUCUUUCCGCAAGGGUAUAGAAAAGGUAAUGCUCGGCUUAAAAUCCAGCAGAAAGAUAAGGAGUUUGUAGACAACCUCUAUAGUAUCUUUCAUCCAUUAGGGAUAGUUGGGGCGCGGCCUGUCGGCUGCGGUGAACUCUUAACUCCUACCGCUUUGGCCUAUUGGCUUAGCGGUGACGGCUGCUUCGAUAAAUCUCAAGGAGCAAUUCGGAUAUCAACAGAGUCCUUUACUCCUGUUGAGGUCGACCUUCUACGCUCUGUUCUGCUGGAUCGGUAUGAUAUUGAAACUACUCGGGUUGCUGCUAAUAAAGCUAAGGGGCAAUCUAUUAUACGUAUCCCUAAGCGAGAAGUUCCCAAAGUCCAGAAACUAGUUAAACCUUUCAUACCGCUUUCAUUGGCCUAUAGAGUGGAUCUGAAGUAUGAUCAAAAACAUCUUGAUUAUGCCCUCGGUGUCUUUAAACCUACUCCAUGCCUCCUUAGUCCGAUUAAAUCCUCUUCUGGGCAAAAUUCGGAUUUUUCUCAAGGACAAGGUGAAAUUCCUCGGAAAGUGAAACGUCUUACCAAAGCAGAGAAAGCUGCUAUAGUCUUUCCUGAUCAAAUUCAAGAAGUCUUCAGAUUCUGUGACCAUUCCUCCAUUGCUGCUAGUUCUACUGAGCCUACUUGUAAGUCCUCUCGAAAGCGCCUUACCCAGGAGCAAUGGGCUAAUAUCAAGAUCCCUAGUGAAAUUCAAGAAGUGAUAAGUGGUAUGAUGAUCGGUGAUUCAUGUCUCCAAAAAAGAGGGCAGUCUACCAGUCUGCACGUUGAACAGAAAGAUGAAUCCUUUGUAAUUCAUAUCUGGAACCUUUUUGAUUCAAUAGGCAUAGUAGGUGCGAAAGCCUCUACUCGAUCACGGUUAAACAAAAGAACAGGUAAGACUUAUACUUCGACUCAGUUUGCUACCUUUAGUCUGCCUUUCUUUACUUCCCUACACACCCUUUGGUAUAAACAGGAAAACGGUAAAAACGUCAAGGUUCUACCUUCGAAUAUAGACGUGCUUUUAACUCCUAUUGCUCUUGCUUAUUGGUUUCUUCCGACGGAUCUUACAAUAAAUUUGGUAUUGAAUCCACUCGGUGUACUGCAAAUCAAGAUAAAGAGCAGAGCAGUGCAGUACAUUAUUCGAAUUCCUAAAAGAGAAGUUACUAAGGGUGUUUGGGCGCCAUCUUUAAAAUCCUACAAAAGGAUAAAAGAUACCCAAACUCUUAUGCCAACCUGCACAUCAAUCAAAAAAGAUGCGGAUUCCUUUACACUUGCCUACUUUACUGAACUCCAUAAGGAUUGGUAUCGGGAAGUUGAUGGUCAAAACAUCAAAGUUAUUCCAGAGAAUAUAGCUGAAUGGUUGACACCUAGAGCCCCAGACGAAGUGGACUUACUGCGUUCUAUUCUCUUAGAAAAGUAUGGUAUUGAUUCUACUCGUAAUGUUCAUAGGCCAGGUCAGUUCCGUAUUCGCAUCCCUAAAAGGGAAGUCCCUAAACUGCAGCAGCUUGUUAAACCUUUCAUUCCAUCUAUUAUGGCCUCGUAG